CUCCGGAUGAACGGGACCCUCUGCAGGCAGGCCGUGCUUCCUCUCUUCUCAAUGUGCUCGUUACCCGAUGGAAGCAGAGGUGUUGAACCCGCGGAUGAUGGCCGACGUCAACGGCAACAACAAAACCACAAACGCGGAGCUGGAGGUGCUGAAGCUGCAGGAAUUGGUCCGAAAACUGGAGCGGCAAAACGAACAAUUGCGGACCCGAGCGAACGCGGUAAACAACCGCUCCGGCGGCGGCCCUGCUCUUCUCCAGCUCCCGCUGCCCGGUCCGGGGGACUACGUGCCCGGCAGGAAUGGCCUUUCGAGUCCCCCCGGAGCCCGCGGGUCGGAGGAGGAACCGUUCGCGUAUUUUCAGCCGAGCUCGGUGCCUCCCGCCGGGGAGGACAGCGCCACCGCGCUGGAUGAGCUGGAUGUGUUGGACCUCGACGCCGCGCUCCCCGCCGGAGAGCCUCAUAGCUGGCUGUACGUUAGUCCCAAAGCCAGAGGCGGGAGCGCCCUCAGCCCUCUGCAGUGGUGCAGGCAGGUACUGGACCACCCGGGGCCCGAGGUGCAGCUGGCCAAGAUGACCCUCUGCCACAGACUGGACCAAGCUAAGCGGUGGCGAGGCCUCUCCCCGGUGCGCCCGUACAGCUGCAUCGAGGGGCUGUUCGCCCUCAGCUGCCCCGUGAUGCCUUACACCAAACCUGCUGCCCCGCCCGAGGCCCCAGAUCUUGAGAAUCCUGGUCCCCGGACGGUGUGUCUUCAUUACUUCGACCUCAUUGCCGCCAUCAGACGUGCAGGAUUGUUUUUUUGUCCGCUGCCGCCCUGCGCUCCGUCUGUCCUCCAUCCACUCAGGGCCGGCCUCACUGACCGAGCCCCCACCUUCCUGUCAAACUCCACCCUCUACAACGCGGGCCGCCGACAAGCGGCCAUCAGCCCCCAGUCCUCCCUGGACAGCGAGGUGGGCGUGUCCGAGCUGGAGGACGACUCCAUCUCCAUGAGCUACAAACUGCAGGACAUGACGGACGUGGAGGUCAUGGCGCGGCUUCAAGAAGAGAGUCUCCGACAGGACUACGCCUCUACCUCGCACACCGCCACCGCCACCGCCAACGCCACCGCCACCGCCGGCCACCGCAGGUCCAGCUUCUCUUUGCACUCCCUGCGGCGCAGCGAGAUGGACCUGGAGGAGGAGGACGAAGAGGAGGAGGAUAAGGGUUACGACCAGCUUCCGCCUCCCCAGCCUCGGCUGUUCGGCUCCGUGCAGCGGGGCGGCCUGCCUCACUCUCACACCUUCUCCAGCAUCAGAGACUGCCGACGCAGCUCCAUCGCACCUCAGUUCUCACUGAGCGGACUCUCCCAGUACUCCGGACCCCUCGGCCUGAGCUCGGAAACACACGCGGCGUACCGGAAUAGCACAGACAAGCUACGGAGAAGCAUGCCCAACCUGAUCCGAUCUCCCAGCAUGCCCAGUGUUCCCAGCAUACCAUGCCUGGCUUCCCCUGUCAACCCACCCUCCCACGGCCCCUCCUCCCUGCCAACGGCUCCCUCCCUGCGGAGCAGCCAGAGCUUUGACUCCUCCAGUGGGCUUGCACGACUCCAGUCCUCCAUACCCUCCCCAGGCCAGCUCACCCAGCGGGUGCAGAGCGUGGGCAACUUCCCCACCGCCGCCUCCCGACACCCGCUAAAAGCCACGGCCUACGUGAGCCCCACGGUGCAGCAGGGCCCCGCCUCCAGAUCCCUGACCACCUCCGUCAGUCUGCACUCCAUCCCCGGCAGCACGGCGCCGCAGCAUCAGCAUCAGCCCCUCAAGCCGAGCGGCGGUUCGGCGCCGCAGCCCCUGAAGGCCGGCGGCAACCAGCGGGCCAUCGCUCGCAGCUCGCUCCCUCGCCCGGCCUCCUUUGUGGGAACCGGCGGAGUUCCACGGGCGGGAAAAACUUCCACACGCAGGUUUGACACACCUCCAUCCAUCAGCAUGCUGACUCCUCCCAGGAGCCUCGCCGCCCUGACGGCCCUGAGGGACGGCAGCUGGAGAGACGGCUGCUACUGAACCCAAAAUGAAACGGGAGCUGAGGAGGAGAUCCCGGGGAGGGGCCCUGUCGGGAGGGGCCCCGUCCUGGGGCCGUGGCCCACGAGAGAGACGCUGACUGUUAGCAUUUUGUAAAAAAGGGCGCCGCUCUUCAGCUGAAGGACGCGGAGCCGAACGGGUCCAGCGGGCUGGACCGCCACGUCACGCGCAGACUGGCACGCGAUGGAACGACCGGCAAUAUUCUGAGAACCAGUUGUUCAGUGGGAACUGGAUCUUGUUUGAUGUGUGUUGGUUUUUGUCUUAUUAUUUGUCAUCGUUACACUGGAGCGGAGGGGAAAGACAGCCUCUCAUGAUUUCAUGAUUUUAUGCUUUUAAUAAUUUCAUACCACUAAUUUAGCAACUAUUGAUUUUUGGUGUCGGAUAUGAAGUUGAACCUGGGGUUUUGUUACAUCCUGUGCCUGUUCAAGAGUAAUGUAUUCCAUAUUAUAUUUAUUGGCUGGACCUCGCAGCACUUUUGAUCAGAACUACGAUGGACACGUCCGAGUGUUUGGCAUUGGUUACAGUCAGUGUGUUUUCCUUUCCUUAUUGUUUACAUACGAGCUGAGAUUUAUAACGCACAUAAUCGCUGCAGUGACAUUGCACAAAGGACCCUGAUGCUUUUUAUGGAUGAUGAGACUUUAAAGAGGAGGUGGAUUUUUAAAGUGAAUAAAAGACUUUCAA